GCGUCGGCAAUACACUUCACUCACUGCUGCGGCGUAGAAAACAAAACAGCAAACACCCCUUCACUCAGGAAGGGCGGAGUUGUUUCUUUCAUAAACGAAAACUUAAUAAGAAAACAUCAACAUGCAUUCAGUCACGCUGGACAGUAGUGGUUCGCCAAAGAAACGGACCUUAUCUCGGGGACUGAGCGAAGAUGAGUCGCUCCGCAGCAUUAUAAAAGAGACCGAGAGUUCCUCCAGACGUCUCACGCGAAGCGACAGUCGAGCAGGCACCGUGACGAGGCGGACUGACAGUCAGCAUUCGGACCAGGACCUCUACAUGGGACUCCCAGAAAUACUUGAGCUGCAGGCCAGCUAUGAAGAGGUGGUGCAGGAGCUGCGUGGGAUGGAGGUCGAGCGAGAGACUCUGUUGUUCCAGGUGGACGUCCUGCAGGACACGCUGGAGGGUGUCGAGGAGCUGCUGGCGGAGUCCCAGAGGGAAGCCGGACAGGCUGGUUUGGAUUUGGAACGAGAGAGGGAGGCCAAGAGGAAAUUGGAGAGCGUGGUCUGCUCUCUGAUGCAAGAGGUGGAAAGAUUAAAAGAGGACAACAAAGAUAAAGAUAACAAAGCACCUGCUACAGUGAACACACGUGACGGUGUGGAUGGGGUGAUGAGUCAAGGAUGCCAAAUGGAAAAUGAUGCAAAAGAAUUGAUGAAAGACUCCCUGCUGUGUGAACCCCAAGGCAGUGGAAGCAGAGCGUCAGAGAAGGUAGAGGAGGAAGGAAGCCUCCUGACCAAGCUGCAGAAGAUGGUCUCUAAGCCCCUGGACCACAUGCCGUCUCUUGCAGUGGACGACCCGUCCUCUGCGGACGGCGUCCUACAGAGGCCGUACGGAAACGGUGUCGAGGGCGGACGAGAUCCUUCUCCAGACAGGAACGACUCCGACAGCAUAAGUGCCUACGAGGACGCAUCUGCUGAGACUCCAGAGCAGGACGGGAUGUUUCUGGGUGAAGCGGACAAUUUGGAGCUGCCUGAUGACUCAGAGAAAAGUUCUACGAGCAACUGCCUGGUCAACGACGAGAAAACCGAAGACCUCAAAAACCCUGAAGCUUGUGUUGUGUCUUAAUCUGUUUCACCUACUACUGGAGAAAAGGGUAACGGUAAUUGAUUAUUGAUCAUUUGGUAUAAUUCAAGAGCUCUGUGAUUUUCCCACAUCUGACAUUAAUUUUCUUCAAAAAUCUUGAGGCCAAUAAUAACUAAUAAUUAGAACUUUAACAAGUAGGUAAUGGAAAGAAGAGUAAUCGGCCACUAUUCUGACAAUCCGAUUUUAUGCUUUUGUCAAUUUGCAUAAAGAUUCUAAUUAACUUGCCUUUAGCUUCUUCAUUGUGAAAAUGUGCUGCUUUUUGUUCUCAUAUUAUAACAAUAUAUAUAUCUUUGGCAUUUGGACUGCUUGUAAUUUUAAUUAUAAUUUUACACUAGUUUUGAAAAUUGUUUAUAACAAAAUAAUAGAUCAAUUAUUUUGCAGCUUUACUGAUGAGUUGUAAAAUGUAUGUUUUAAAGUCACAAAGAAACUCAGGAUCCAGGUGGUUUACUAGCUGGAAUUCUGCUACUGACUACUUAAUAUUCUUUGCCAAUGAUUUCUUUUUCUAUCUGUUUUGUAAUGUGUGGAUAGACAUGGAUAAUAGUCCAUGCUGCUUUGACUGUUUACCUCUUUUAAUAAGGUGUGUUUCUAUACUGCCAGGUCACAGAUCAGGAUUUACCUGUAGACAAAACAAAGGGAGCUCUACUUAUUUUUGACAGGGUCGGUUUCUGUUUCGGCUCCUAUCGCAUCAGAAACGUAGGAAUCAAGAGUCUGUCACCGUGAAGAAUGUUUUGGGCAAGACCUGCAACACGAAAUCAACAAUAGCUGUUUUAAAGUUUAUAAGACAGAGAUUUUUUUUAAGGAAGAGAAAAUGCUGCCUUUUUGAUCUGUACAACAAUCUUUUUUAUUGUUUCUAACUUACCAUUUAUACCCCUUUUUCCUGUUUGAAUUUUGAAUUUAAGGAAAUGGAUUUGGCCGCAUUUGCACUUUUCAAAGUUCUUGUGUUGUGGCAUAAAUUUGUCCGAUUUCAUGAGAAACAAUAUUCCCAAACACGCAAUGAGCUGACCUGCUGCAGGCGCCUUCGCUGCCUGCGUGGUGAUACUGUAUGUUUGCACAUAUGCAGUGAAAUUUACUGUAAGUCGUCUCUUUUGACUUCUCUGAUUGCUGUAAACACUUUGUAUUUAAUCACAAUUUUUUAUGUUUGCUUUUUACAAUGUCGGAUUUCUUUCAUGCUCGAGGCCGGAAAAGAGCCUUUCACCUCAUGUGUGAUAGUUUGUAAGAAUUUAUGUUGAUUUCCAAAUAUCGCAUGAAUUAAUGUCAUUAAUCAGUACGCAGUACGCAUAUAAAAUAACAAUUUGAUAUGGUAUUUACUGCAAGAAUUGGUAUUUUGAAGGGAUUUAAAUUUUGUAUCGUGUCAUUUCCUGUUCUUUUAUGGUGGCUCUUUACAAAAUGCACACAAUUUCAGAUUUUGUUUAACAAAUCUGAAUAAUUUUGAUAUCUAAUUCUGUUACACAAAAUAAAAAACAAGCUGCAAUAUCAAUACAUUUGUGGACAUUUGGAAAUGAGUAGAAUGCUGAAGCUGCUUAUCAUUCUGGGAGUUUAAGGCAGGGUGUUAAUGUUCGCAUUGACUCGUUUUCCUUUUGCAUUUCAACAUUAUGCUGAUUCACUUGCUAAUACCUGAUUAUUUGUUGUGUUGGCUGCCAUGAUGCCCAAAGCCUCGCACACAAACAGCUCAGAAUACAUGCCGCUUGUUCCACACAAUAAGCCGAUGGGAAGUUACUGUUGCUGUGGCCCUGUGUGGUGGCAUUGUAGUCGGGUCGUGAGCAAUUGGGUCAUUUCGGGUUGGUUAGAUGUUUCCACAAUCAAUGAUUGUUUAUGUUGUCAUCCACGAUUAAUUGUAUGUUCCUGUUGAUUUCCUGUCAGGUCAGUGGAUUUGGUUUGUUGAAACAAACUAGUAAAGUUAGGUCACUCUGAUUUAGACUUCCAUCACUGGAGCUUUUUUGGAUUUUGAACAAACAGCAGUUGGUUUAUUGACAAUUUGUAAUCAAAGGGAUGUGUUUCAUUUUCCUUCAUGCAAAAAUGAUGUUCUUACUGUAACGAUGUAUUUUAUGGGUCUACAUAUUUUUGACAUUUUCUUUGAAUGACAUGUUCAAAUGUAACUGUUAAUUACAUACAUUUAUACUUGUAACGAAAAAUACAUUCCAGACAAAUCAAAUAAAAAAAAUUGAAGAAUG